AAACACCUUCACUUUGGUAACUUUCCAGUCUGCUUUGUGUUUGUUGUUUAGUCAAAAUAUCAUCAAUUUUUUGCGAAAAAGGAGAUAAAAUUUCAAUAAAAUAGCCAUGGCUUUGGCUAUGCAGAAGAGGAACAAUGUUAGGCUUCCGCCGGAAGUGAACAGAGUGCUGUAUAUCAGGAAUCUGCCGUAUAAAAUCACCUCAGACGAAAUGUAUGACAUCUUCGGGAAGUACGGAGCAAUAAGGCAAAUCCGAGUAGGGAAUACCCCAGAAACCAGAGGGACGGCUUUUGUGGUGUUUGAGGACAUUUUCGAUGCUAAAAAUGCCUGUGAUCAUCUUUCCGGAUUUAACGUUUGCAAUCGAUAUCUCGUGGUGCUCUACUAUCAGUCCACGAAGGCUUUCAAGCGGGUGGACGUAGACAAGAAGCAGGAGGAACUGGACAAGAUGAAGUCCAAGUAUAACAUCAAUACAGACGAACUCAAGAAGUAGACAGAAUUGUGGCCAGGAAGAAUCAUUUAUUCAUGUUCAUUCAUCAUCAACUUUUCAUCAUUCAUCAUCCAAUAAAAGACCAGAAAAAAGCCAAAAA